UCAUAUUUUACAGUCACCGGUGACUGACGUGGCACUCAACAUGUUAAGAAUGUAAAAGAAUAAUAAAUCAGAUGAAUUAAGUAUAGAACAAUCGUAAUUAGUAAUGUAACAGCAGUUAAUAGUAAUCAGUGUAUCUAUAAGUCAAAUUGUGGUUCCACGUUUCGUUUCACAUCCACGUUGGAUACGCUUGAAAGGAAUUGAAGGAAGUUCACCAGUGACGUGCUCGUGAACAAGUGAGCAAUAUGGCCACAAGGGAGAAUAAUCUUCCCGUUUUAUACGGAGAAUUAAAUAAAUUGGGACAGAAUGGAGAAUACGAAAGAGCCAUAAAAAUUGCCAACAAAAUUUUAGGCAUUUCUCAAGAAGAGGCAGCUGCAUUUCGCUGCAAAAUCAUUUGCUGUAUUCAAUUAUCUAAAUUCAAUGACGCGCUUCAGUUCAUUUCUAAAAAUCCCAAACUAGCAAGUAAUUUACACUUUGAAAAGGCAUACUGUUUGUAUCGACUGAACCAAGAACGAGAAGCUUUGAAGAUCGUAGAAGUCAUCCCUAAUCCUUCACUAAAACUGAUGGAACUUAAAGCUCAGAUACUGUACAGGCUUGAAAAAUAUGAGGAAUGUUUCUCUGUAUAUAGAGACAUUAUAAAGAAUUCUCACGAUGAGUACGAAGAUGAAAGAGAAGCCAAUCUUGCUGCAGUGAUUGUAAACUUAAUAACUGAGGAUUCUAAUUUGGAAGUCCCUGUGUUGCGUGAAGACACGUAUGAAUUGGUGUACAAUGCAGCUUGCCGUUUAAUCGCGGAAGGUAGCAAAGGGGACAAAACUGCUUUGAUUGAAGCAGAGAAGAAGCUACGAACAGCAGAGAAAAUGUGUAAAGAAGCUCUUGAAGAAGAUGGUGUUGCGGAAGAGGAAAUUGAAAACGAAUUAGGUAUUAUUAGAGUUCAGCUCGGAUGUUGUCUUCAACUUCAGGGUCGCGAGAAAGAGGCUCAGGCUUUGUACACUUCUACUUUGAAGGCGAAACUGGAUGAUAUAGCUUUGAUAGCUGACGCAAGCAAUAAUCUCGUGUGCCUCAAUAAAGAUCAAAACGUGUUCGACAGCAAGAAGAGAAUGAAGAACGCUACUCACGAUAGUUUGGAACAUAAAUUAACAUCGAGACAAAGAAGGACAAUCGCGUAUAAUCAGUGUCUGCUGGCUCUGUACACUGAUCAGGCAGAACAGUGUCAGCAGUUAUGUAAUAAACUUGCUAAGGAUCAUCCUUCGUUGGCUGCAGACGCGAUGUUCAUUAAAGCAAUACAACUUGCUAAAGAUGGGAAAGCGAAGGAAGCAGCAAAAUUGUUGAUGCCGUAUGCGGUUGGAGAGAAAGAAUUACAAAUGAAGUUGGCGUGUGUACAACUUUUGUUGAGUCAGGACGAGAGGCAAGAAGCAAUCAGUAUUCUCGAGAAUCUAAACGAGAGAGACAGAUCGUUACCUGGUAUAGUAAGCGCGCUGGUGACUCUUCACAUGGCUGAUAACAAUCGUGAAAAAGCGUCCGCUGCUCUUAAAAACGCAGUUAAUUAUUACAAGAACAGUAAGGAAGCCACGACUAAUUUGGGAGAGUUCUGGCGCCAAGCUGCAGACUUUUAUUUCCGCGGAGGGGAGAUUAAAGUGGCGGCUGAUAUUUUACAAGAAAUGGUAGAUGCUUCGCCUUCCAAUACCAAGACGUUGGCGCAAUUAGUAGUAGCCUAUGUACAGUUUUGUCCUGAAAAGGCACAGCUUUUAUCGAAACGCUUACCUCCGUUGCACGAUCUAUCUGAAACCACCGAUGUCGAUGCUUUAGAAAGCAGUAAUUGGGUAAUCGGUACCAAGGUGAUCAAGAAAAAAGUAGAACCAUCGCCUGGCAAACCUAUUGUUGAUGGGACGGAAAAGAAACGCAAGAAACGUAAACGUAAAGGAAAGUUGCCUAAGAAUUACGAUCCAAAUAUUCCACCCGAUCCUGAGCGAUGGCUGCCAAGGCAUGAACGUAGCGGAUUCAGGAAGAAACGGGAUAGAAGAAAUCGGGAUACCGCAAUGAAGGGCACCCAGGGUGCCGCAGCGGGUGCCAGCGAUAUGUACGAUAUCACUAAAAUGCCAACGAACGCGAAACCUUCUCCGAAUCCCCGACAUAGCCCAGCGGUAGAAACUUCCGGUCCACGGCAACAACAACGCAAAGUUCAACAAAAGAAGAAGAAAAAGGGUGGGAAGUGGUAAUUUGUGUAUUACUGUUGCAUUCGUCUCUGAAAUAUAUAACGUGUCUAUGCUAGGGUGCCGAUCGAUGAUUGAACUCAAUGAUGAUGUGCGUCUUAGUAGCGGAUAACUUUUUCAAUUAUACACAUUUUUUAUCGCUGUACACGUGUAUAGUAUACAAAAUACUGCCAUUUAUAAGCUGACGUACUUUAUAUCGGUCUCGCUCGAUGCAGUGCACAGUUUUCAUUUAUUAAUUUGUUGUUAGAUUAAAGUGCAACGUUACUGUGAGUUCACCAGGCAAUUUGGGAAUACACAUGGAAAGACGUGGUACAGAAAAUAUUUUUAUUUAUUUUUUUUCUCCUUCGUCUCCUUGCCAACUUGUUCACCAAAAUUCGACAAUAUAAUAUAUAAUAUACGUAA